UUUUCUCAGUACGCGAAGAACUCUGAACGCAGGCGGUUGCUUUUGGCUCUUGACAGAUUUGCUCGAUAUUUGUUCCGUUAUUUGCUCUCGCAAACGCUCGCUCCUGCUCCGCGCCAAAAGUCCAAAUCGAAGAAUCCAUCAGCAAAGCAUCAUCAGCGGUGACUGCGACGAGGGGAGAACAGAGUAAAAGAAACCGAAAAUAAAUAUGUGAGUGCGUGUGCGUGCUUGCCUCCGUCUCUGUGAGUGUGUGUGUGUGCGCGUAUGUGCGUUUAUUUUUAAGCACCGGCCCCAAAGGCAAAUGUGAAGUGCAAGCGAGAAGGGAAUUCAAAACCAAAUCAGAAAUAGCCCCGCCACUAGGGAUAGAAAGAGAGAGGGCGCGCCGCAAGCACCGCAACAAACACCGUUUGACAGAAUGAGAGCGCAGCCCAGCACAAAGUCGGCCGCCCAGUGGCCGCCCCUCCUCGGGCUUCUUGGACUUAUCGGGAUCGUUGGGAUCCUCAAGCCCACAGUGGCAGCUGCCGCGAGCAGCGCCUAUGGCGCAUCCUUCAUAUCCAAUCCGAGCAUUUAUGCCUACUCCGUGGCCAAUCAGCAGGCGCCCAAGGACAAUGACAUCAAGUUCGCCUCCACCGCCACUGCCGCCGCAGGGGCACAGUCCCCCGGAGACUCCAAUUUGAAUCGCAACUACUACUACACCAACAACAAUGCUGAAUCUAUGGGUGAGGGCCUGCCUGCAGCUCCACCCACACAGCCCGCUCCGCAGACGGGCUGCACUCUGGACCGCCUGGCCGUCUACAAGGUCGUCCUGCACACCUACUGGACCAGGGAGCUAUUCCCCAAACACUAUCCCGACUGGCGACCCACCGCCCAAUGGACCAAGACUUUAGGUCGCACACACAAUUCCAACUAUGCGCUUUACCACAUCGGGCAGCCGGCGACGGGGGCUGUCAAACAGUUCACCGAGACGGGCAGGACGGACCUGCUGGACAGCAGUGUGGGUGAGCAGCAGCAGCAGCAAAUGCAGCUGCAGUCGCAGACAGGCAAAUCGCAACCGGGACGAUCCACAGCCACCACCGCCGCAGCCACAGCCCCAUCAGCAGGAGCCUCCGCUGCCACAGCAUUCACUGCCAGCGAACGUAGCGUUUUCGACGAGUUCAGCCUCCCAGCGAUUCAAUUGGGCGCCGGACGCAGCGAGGCGAAGGUGUUUGUCGACAGCAAUCAUAGCAUGGUGUCGCUAAUGACACGCAUUGUUCCCUCGCCGGACUGGUUCAUAGGCGUUGAUUCAUUUGAGCUCUGUGUGGGCGGCUCCUGGAUAGACACGGUGACCGUUGAGCUGGAUCCCUUGGAUGCGGGCACCGAUAAUGGGUUCACUUUUACAGCGCCCAAUUGGCCGACGGCGCCACAGGGUGUCAUCUACCGGAUUACCUCCCGUUAUCCAGGCCAUCCGGCGGGCAGCUUCUAUUAUCCGAAGAGCAAGCGCCUGCCCCCAAUUGCCACGUUCCAGUUCAUCAAGCUGAAGGAAUACGAGCUUAGCGAGGUGUUCAACAUUGCCGAGGACGAUCGCAAAUAUGAGACGGUCCAGACCCAGACCCAUCUCGAUGCCGAGCACAGCCAUGUGGAGAUGAACAACGAGCUCUCGGCCAGCAUCGAGCGGGAGCGCCAGACGGAGCAGCAGCAGGAGCCACAGCAGCAGCAGGAGCCACAGCAGCAGCAGCAGCAGAAGCUGCAACAGUUGCAGCCAUUCAAUGACGAGAGGCAGCGCAUCCGGUCGCAGCUGCUGGCCAAAAUGAAUCCCAUCUACAGCGGCAGCAGCAACAACAGCCAACAGCCCCCGCAACUGGGCAGCGUGGUGCCCAAGAACGACAAGCACGCCAUCUUGCAGAGCAUCGCCAGCAGCUACCGGCGUGCCACGGAUGCCGCCACUAAUAACAUCAGCUCCAACCUGACGGCAUCCUCCGCCACCUCCCCCGUCUCUGCUCUUCAAUCGCAAAAGCAAACGCAAACGCAAACCCAAUCACAGUCGCAGUCGCAGUCCCCAGUGGGCAGGGGAAAUCUAUCCCGACGUCGCUCUCAGUCGCAGCGACGUCGCGACUGUCGCGUGAGCCACUGGUCAGAGUGGACGGCCUGCAGCAAGAGCUGCGGCAUCGGGGAGAUGCAUCGCUAUCGCAAGGUCAUCAAGCACGGCAAGCGGGGCGGCCGCCCGUGUCCGGCGCUGCAGCAAUCCAAGUGGUGCGGCACCGAGCGCAACUGCCACGAGCCCCAGACCUACUUCAACUGGUCCGACUCUGACACAUGAACGAGCCCCGGGGUGGAGCAGGAGGCGCAGGCUCCGAUAUAAAUAUAAUUUUAAUUUACGGCGUAAGAAUUGCUUUUUUUCUGUGCGAGCAACAAGAGAAGAAUAAGACGAAGCUACAGGAAGGAAGGAGAAGCAGGAUUCGGGCAGAGGAUACAGGGAUACCUGCCCCAAAAUGAGAUUUUAAUUUAAAUUUAGAUUACGAUACGAAAUUGAUUUUAAAGCAGCAAGCACCGCCAGGCCAGAGGAUAGAUAAAGGAGAGUGGAUAACUGGAAGACAUGGCAUAUGAAGCAGAGAGGAUGAAGGGGAAGACUACUGACAAUAUUUAACACAAAAAGGAUUUAGACAAAGAGGCAGAAGGGAGGCGUGAAAGCAAACCCACCAUCAGGCCUGCAGCAGCUCCAAAUUUUAGCUAUUUUUGAUUUCAACCUCAUUUCGAUUCGACUUUCAGUUGCUUUAGCUCUAAAUAAUAUGUAAAAAUCAACAGCAACAAGAAAAUAUAUUAUAAAACAAACAAAAGAACAAAACA